AUUACUACAUAUAUUUAUUUAAUUACUUUAUUUUAUUACAAACAAUAUGUAGUGUGACACUAGAAAACAGCGGAAUAAAAAUAUAUUUUACAAAUUCCCCACUUCCACUUAAACGGUUUAGAAUGAAACACCAAAUUUAUGUCGAUGAUUAACGCGCUUACGUACGCACAGUCAAUCCCGUACUUGCGUUUAUAGCUCUGCAUUUGUAACUCGUGCAUUAUCACUUAAUGAAAUUUUAUUUAUUUAAUUUUCAUUAAUAAUUUGAAGUACUCAGAAAUACUUUAGCUCUCGCUGUACAUUGUAAGUAUAGCGUAUACCGAAAAUGGCUAUCCGAUUGAAGCGGACCGCGUCGGUUAUCAUCUUGUUGGCAUUUGUUAACAUGGCGGACGGCGUGUGGCCUUUUAAAAAAUCCAGCAAAGUUCCACAGCCGAAGACAGGGCAAUUCAUACGUCUGGAAGGACAGACGGAGUCGCAACAAAUUAGAUGCAACGACGCGUACUACAUGAUGUCAUAUCUUCAUCUGACGAAUCCGAAAUACUAUGUUUAUCCAACUCAGGUGGACACUUUACACAGGAACAUCAACAUGAACUAUUCGGGAUGGGCGAGAAAAAUGUUGGUGACCGCGUUCAACGUCGCCCCGAACGACACGGACGUGCACUGGCUAAUGUAUUUGUACUUCACGCGGAUAGAAGCGCACGUGGCCAAUGAUCCGCGCAAAUAUUUUCUGCCCGUCCUGCGUAAGGCACAUUACGGGAUGUAUGAAGUGCUGCGUUACACGAUGACAGAAAACAAUUGCACAAUGAUCCAUCCGAAGACCAAGGAUGAGUACAAAUUCGUUAGUUAUGUUGCCGACAUUGAACGGUUUCAACCAAAAUACAAAGACUUUAAGAAAAACUCGGAUGCGGUGAUUCAAAUUCUGAAGAAGCACUGGCCUACCGUAAUUCAUAACAUGAGUUUGGGCCGUUGCCAAAAAGAGGCCGGUACUUCUGGUGCAGGACCAAGUGAUCAGCCUCUGACCGAAAAACAUUUUACCAAAAACGCACUGUAUUUGAACGACGUGUUCGAGAACGAAAAGGCGGCCACUCUGCUGAAUGAUUUCGGAGUGUUUGAAGACGGAAAUAAGUUGAUCCGGUAUCUGAAGUCAACAAUUGACCUGAUUAGUAAGAAGUUUAAGUUUUUCGGGCAGUACAUCUUAUUCCUGGUAGAAUUCCACGAACACGUGCAGCAUGCUUUAAAAACGAUAAUGUUGCGUAUCUAUUAUGAUUUUUUGGAAAAAUUGCAAAAGCUAAACAAAGACCUUCGAGAGGAACACUUCAAACAAUUUUUAAGACCCUUCGACGAAUGGUGUGAUUUUUUGGACUUACCCAAAGAAUCAAACGGUUUCUACAUGUCAGAAUUACCGCGAUCGUGGACGGAAGACGAUACUACCUCAGAAACAAUCAUCCCAGGCACAAAGAAAUUGGUGAUCACCACGUUGACGGAAAUCUCUAAAACGUCAAAGUGCUCCCAUGACAAUCACACGGUCGAAUCGUUGCAGAAGAUCAACAUUGUUGAAGCACAGAUAUUGAUGACCGCCCAAAAAUAUGAAGUAACGCUCGACCCCAAAUUCGAAGCCUCAAAAAACCUACUGCAGGGAGACAUUCGACUGACAAUUAUGUGUGCCGAAACAUUGGUCGCAUUUAUGAAAAAUAUAUUUGUGCAUAUCGAUUUCAGAGUGAUCCAAUCGUUGAUCAAGCUCCGAAAUUCGAAAGAUUUCAAGCAAUUUGAAGUAUACGAAAAUGCUUACGAUCCGUACAAGGCUUAACUUGAAGAUGAAACAAAAUCCGUUCAAGUUUGCGGUGGCCCAACUAUUAUUGAGUAUAAUACCGUUUAACCACGACAAAACAUUGAACUCAGCCUUACAUUAUGUUUUUACUCUUCGUGGAAUCAUUGUCAUUUCAACGGUAUCUAUGCUUCUGGUUGUAUUGAUUUGUAGUAUAUAUUUUAACCUCGUAUAUAAACUGUAA